AUACAUGGGACUUUCUUGCAGGAGUUGUUUAUCACUAUCUUUGCCAUCCUUUUGCAGCCUUCUUCUUGCUGUUCUUCAUCUCUUACCCUUCACCAUAUUGCCUGCAACCUUUGCCAUUCGCAACGCCAAUAAUCAGACCGAUCGAAUUGCACUGCAGGAGUUCAAAGACAACAUAACCGAUGAUCCACUUGGGGUCAUGAGUUCAUGGAAUAGCUCUUUUCAUUUCUGCCAGUGGUAUGGCGUCACUUGUGGCCAGAGACACCAGAGGGUGACUGUGUUAGACCUAGAAUCCCUCAAACUUUCAGGUUCCUUAUCACCAUUCCUUGGUAACUUAAGCUUUUUAAGAGAGUUGUAUCUAGAAAAUAAUAGCUUCAGUAAUGAAAUCCCUCCUCAGAUUGGCCUUUUGCGCAGACUACAAACCUUAUCUCUUUUCAAUAAUUCUAUUGGCGGCGAAAUUCCUCCCAACAUAUCUGCUUGUUCUAAUCUUGUAUAUUUAUAUUUAGAUGGGAACAAAAUGGUAGGGAAAAUCCCCUCUCAGCUUACCUCCUUGAUGAAGCUUAAAGAAUUCUUUAUUGGAAGGAACAAUUUGAUUGGUAUUAUCCCUCCAUCUCUCGGGAAUCUAUCACGUCUUAAUACACUCUACGCAGAUUAUAACAAGUUGCAUGGGGCUCUGCCUGAAUCCUUAGGCCGACUGAUGAAUAUAAAGCUUUUGUAUUUGUCUCAGAAUCGAUUUUCGGGAACAAUCCCGUCUUCAAUCUUCAAUCUGUCUUCCAUUAAGCAAAUACAAGCGGGAGGCAAUUACAUUCAAGGCACUCUUCCAAUGAGCCUAAGCAUCUCUCUUCCGCACCUCCAGAUGCUCUCCAUUGGGCAAAAUCAAUUCACUGGAUCCAUUCCAACCUCAAUUUCCAAUGCCUCAAAUCUAGUAAAUCUUGAACUAUCCGCAAAUUAUCUUACAGGAAGAGUUCCAUCUCUUGGAAAGUUAAACAAAAUUUUAACUUUAACCAUUGGUAAUAAUCAUUGAGGAAGUGGAAGAGCUGAGGACUUGAAGUUUCUUUCUGAUUUGACCAAUGCUACCGCUUUACGAAUAUUAGACAUGAGCAUGAAUGACUUUGGAGGGAAGCUGGAUCAACACGUUGCCAAUCUUUCACAGAAGCUCGAGACGAUUUUCAUAGAUAGCAAUAAAAUAUAUGGAAACAUCCCAGCUGGAAUAGAGGUUCUUGUUAACUUGAAUGUCUUCGAUGCUUCAAAUAACAAACUCUCAGGUACAAUUCCUUCCAGCAUCGGAAAACUUAAGAAUUUACAAGGAAUUUAUUUGGAGAAAAAUAAUUUCUCGGGUAGUAUUCCAUCCUCCCUUGGAAACUUGACAAGUUUGGCAGAAAUUCUUCUAUCAUAUAAUCAUCUUCAAGGAGUGAUCCCUUCUAGUCUUGCGAAUUGCACAACUUUGGUAACAUUAGAUCUUUCCAAUAACAAUCUUACUGGUUCCAUACCUCAGAAAAUCUUUGGAAUGCCAUCUUUAUCAAAAGAUCUCGAUUUAUCUCACAAUCAGUUCUAUGGUUCCCUUCCCAAUGAAGUGGGAAACUUGAAACAUUUAGGUUCGCUGGCCCUUGACCACAACAUAUUAUCAGGAGAGAUCCCCAGUGGUCUUGGCAGUUGUGCAAGUCUCGAACGAUUAGAUAUGAGUCACAACUUGUUUCAUGGAUCUAUUCCUUCGUCUUUAAGUUCAUUGAGAGGCAUUCGAAAACUGAAUCUUUCUCACAACAAUUUGUCAGGCAAGAUUCCAAUGUCUUUGACGGGCUUUAGUUCAGAAGUGCGGUUGGACAUGUCUUAUAACGAUUUAGCAGGUAUGGUACCAAUAGAAGGCAUUUUCAAGAAUGCAAGUGCAAUAUCCCUAGAAGGAAAUACGAAUCUAUGUGGUGGCAUACGUGCGCUUGGCCUGCCUGUAUGCACCUCUCAGCAACAGAAAAGGAGACUUUCUGUAAAGUUGAAAAUAAUAGUCUCUGUAGUUUCAGUAAUUAUAGGUGCAGGGCUAGUGCUUGCAUGUUUAUUUCUUUGGCGGUCAAGGAAAAGCAAAGGAGAUGCCACAUCAAGCUCUUUUGAGAAAGAACUGUUGAGGUUGUCUUAUCAAAGUCUCCUUAAAGCUACAAAUGGUUUUUCUUCGGAUAAUUUGAUUGGUUCGGGUGGCUUCGGGUCUGUAUACAAAGGGAUUCUUGAUCAAGAUGGACUUGUAAUUGCAGUGAAAGUGCUUAACCUUCUGCGUCGAGGAGCUUCAAAGAGUUUUCUAGUUGAAUGCGAGAUCUUAAGGAAGACCAGACAUCGAAACCUUGUCAAAGUACUUACUGCUUGUGCAGGAGUUGAUUAUCGCGGUAAUGAUUUCAAAGCUUUGGUUUAUGAAUUCAUGGAUAAUGGAAGCCUAGACGAUUGGUUGCAUCCAACUCUUGGAUCAGAUGAAGUGCCAAAGACUUUAAAAUUUCUUCAGAGACUGAAUAUUGCCAUUGAUGUUGCAUGUGCACUAGAGUAUCUUCAUUAUCAUUCUGGAACACCAAUUGUCCAUUGUGAUCUAAAACCAAGCAAUGUUCUUCUCGAUGGAGAAAUGACCGGUCAUGUAAGCGAUUUUGGAUUAGUCAAGUUCCUUCAGGAUGGAAAAAUCGACUUUUCUGCAAAUCAUUCCAGCUCUGUUGGAGCUCGAGGAACUAUUGGCUAUUGUCCUCCAGAGUAUGGCCUGGGAAGCAACAUAUCAACAUCCGGUGACAUAUUCAGCUUUGGCAUCCUCUUGCUGGAGAUGUUCACAGGAAAAAGGCCUACUGACGAGAUGUUUACAGAGGGAUUAAGCCUUCACAAUUUUGUCAAUAGAGCGUUGCCUGAACAAGUGAUAAAGAUUAUAGAUCCCAAUAUGCUUGGAAUGCAACUCAGUGAAGAUGCAACAUCGAAUCAUCAUCGAAACUUAAUGAACAGGAGGAAAGACAAACUUAUGGAAUGCUUGACCCCAAUAUUUGAAAUUGGACUCUCCUGUUCUACUGAAUCACCACAAGAGCGCAUGAAAAUCGGUGAUGUUGUCGCGCAACUAUCUUCUGUCAGAAACAGAUUUCUGGGUACGCGAUUACCCAGACAGAGAGAGGUUUGAAGAACCUUGCAGUAGGUAUAAAUAAUAAUAUGCUAUCUUUAUAUUCUAAUUAAGAAAAUUGUUCUUACACAGAGCACCAAGUUAUUCUCAUUAUAGAAUCAAAUUCCAGUAAGGCAUAGAUAAUACAUAAGAUGUGAAAUUCUUUAUCUUCAUCUCAGGUGCACAAGAUUGACUGCUCAGCAGUGAAAUGCUGGUUGAUAAGAAGCAUAAGAUGUUCGUUGAGAAUUUUCUUUUCCCUAGCAUUUAUCUACGUGUUAAAGAGUUAUAUCUGAUGCUUUUUUACAGUAUCUUUUUCUAGUGUUUUACCUUAUUGGUCAUAUGAUAAUUUGGGUGUAUAGAUUGAAAUGUAAUACACCCAGCAUUUUUGUUGCCAGUAGUGAUAACUUAAUCCAGCUAAAGAAUUAAAAACUUAAUUUUUGCUUCAGUAGCUUAUUGUUUAUGAUCAUGUAUUGCUUUAAAUUAUAAUCAAGCUUGCAGGGCUUAUCCUGUUUCUCUUAAAAA